ACUAAUUUUAAGACCAAAAAAGAGAAUUCACUCAUUUCAGUUUUAACAAUGCAAGGAAAUAAGAGUGUUAUCAAGCUUAACUCUGGCGGUCCAGUUGAAGUAAAUAGCACCAUGCGAAGAGGCAUUGACAAGAAAACGGGCGUGUUCAUUGUGGAAAGAAUCAUCACAUACUCAUAUGGUAAGAGAAAAUUUUCUUUGAACAUAACCGAGGUAUGCAAAAACGACAUUGUAAACAUUGUAUAUCUCGAAGGCUCCGAAGAAACUGAGUCAGGUUCUUCUGCCACUUUGAGCAUGCGGAUCAUAAGAAGCGACAGGUAUGGUGUUUUAUGUAACAUGACAAGUAAAUUAGUGGGUUCAUAUGAUAUGGUUAAGAAGAAUUAUAGCGUGCCUCCUUUGCCAGAAUCAGAACUUGUUUGUUACUUUUGUCGUCAGAAUGGUUCAGGAGGUUGUUUCAGUAUAGAGAAGAAGAAGAGCAACAAUAAUUUUGUGGAGAUGGUUAAGGCCACACAUGCAUUUGUUGUGGAUGAAGAAACCAUCAAUGUCAAAAUGAAAAUAACAAAUGAGGGAGGAGUUGGGUUGCGUGUUAAGGUGGAGGGUCCAGUGAAGCUUACAAAGGAUUAUGCCAAACUUGUCUUUGGGAGAAUCGAAGAGAAGAUGGAAAGUGAGAUGGGGGCCAGUACUCUGUCUCUGUUUAUAAAUGCCAUGGAUCAUCUUCCUCCCCCUAAUAAUUAAUGGCAACAACUCCAUGAGCUUGGUGGAGUUUGAUAUACAUGAGUGUCUGAAAUCAUGUUUAAUUGAUUUUGAUAUGGGCAAUUUUUCAAUAUUUAGGAGAGGGAUUGAGAAAAAAAGAAAAAGAAAAGAAA